AUGACGUGCGUGGAGCAAGACUGGUCAGACAAACUACCUAUUAUUCGAAAGUCUCCACUGUUAUUAUUGUCAACAAAUAGCUAUUGUUUUUCAUCUCUUUGUGAUCAUUUUACACAAUCCCAACGUUGGCGAAGGAUAUUCACGGUAGUCAACUUGUUUUGGGGAAAGUUAUAUACGAGUUUGUGUAGGUAAAAGUCGCACGCCACUGGCUGCCGGUCGGUUCCUAUGCGAUAGGGACAUGUUGUUAUCCAUCGUUUUGGACUUGUAGCGCUUGUUGUCUUCGUUCCCACACUAGAAUAGUCUCUCUCUCUCUCUGCGAUGGCCGAGGCGAGGAGAGUGGAGGACGAACAGCAGGAGAGUUUGAGAGGGGAACCUGUCGGAAGAAGACAGCCUCCACGACCGACCAACUCAUCUGGAGAGCGCUCAGAGAGGCAGAAAGACCACAGACUCAGCCAAGGACCUCUCUCCUCUAUCAGGGCCGCCAUUAAGAGGACGACGACUAGAUCCACUUCUGUGAGCGAGAGUACUCCCAGAGACCAGAGGCGUCCAGAGAUAACCAUCCUUUCAGCAGAGCCACUAGUGUCUAAUACCUGGUUCCCCGGGGCUUCUGGGGGAUUCCCUCCUGCUCCUCCCCCCGCCGCUCAGAUCUGGGGCAGUACUAUACCUCCUACUAUACAGCCUCCCCCUUCCUAUGAUGAGGUGAUUAGAGAGAAGAGACAGGAACAGGAUCAAGUGUUGCCUUCCUCCUCCUCACCCCUACACUCCGUCUCCACGACUACCAUCGCCACGCAGACUGACACCGGUCCAGAAUCCUCAGUUCCAACCCACAGUCACGCCCCAGUCCAGAGAGGCUCAGUGGCCACCAGAGCUCCAAAACCUCCCAGACCUUCUUUCCCCUUUAUAUCCAAACCUGAUAACACGCCGGCGCACGUUGAUGACACAACGGGAGCUGCUACUGCUACUGUCGACCCUCCCUUCUUCCUAGAAGACAGUCCUGCACUACACACGCACACUCCGACCAGCAGACACAGCGAGGACACCAGACCAGCAGCGUUUCACAGUGACCUCUUGACCUCUGAUCCUUUCUCACCUCUGACCUUUGCCUCUGGCAGCCAAACCGACCAAUGGGUGCAGUCCUCCUCGGUCCCACCCCCUCAUUCUACUGUUGCCUUGACAACUCCCUCCUCCCCUCCUCUUCUUCAUAACCGGCCCAGACCACACCCUCGCACGAAGAAUAGCCUUCGACCAAUCAGGCGAGAGGUCAAGGUUCAGACCCUGGUGAGGCUGGGACAGACAGAAAGGGAGGUCACAGAGAACCAGGAAGUGAGGAAUCAGGAGGGGAAGUACCUUCAGGAGCUCCUGGACGCCUUCAGCUCAGACGAUUGGGGCUUCCCUGAUCACCAUAGCAACGACAACAGAGAGAGCGACUCGGAAGAAGAAGAAGAGGAGGAAGAUAUGAGUACACUGAGAGCCAGGAUACAAGCCUUCGAGCAGCAGCAACAGGCAGAGGACCACGGUAUCCAUGGAGACAACGGCGCGUCGCUAGGGCGGGGGAGACCUGAACCCCGUCACCGAGUCCAGCCCCCGUCCAAACCGGCCCCUCCCAUCGCCCCUAAACCCUCCCUCGCAACUAAGACCUCCUGCAAAGAAGUCUGGCAAGGAGGAGGCUCGGUGGCAAGCGACGUGAACUUGACUGUUGAUACAACCACCACACAGCCCAAACCCAGUGACCCCUCUCCCAAACCCAGUGACCCCUCUCCCAAACCCAGUGACCCCUCUCCCAAACCCAGUGACCCCUCUCCCAAACCUAUUAAGACCACCUCAAGUACCCCUGUCCCUGCCCUCAACCCUAUUGUCCCAAUACCUGCACCCCGACCCCUGCUCCCUAGAAAGCCCCCCUCUGAACCCCAAAGACCAGACCGCCAGGCGAGGCAGACAGAAGGGACCCCCCCAAUUCCCUGUCCUCCUCCCAGACCUCCAGUAGCACCCAGGACUAAACCCUCCGUAGACCUCCACAGCACCAACACUAAACCCUCCGUAGACCUCCACAGCACCAACACUAAACAUUUCGUAGACCUCCACAGCACCAACACUAAACCCUCCGUAGACCUCCACAGCACCAACACUAAACCCUCCGUAGACCUCCACAGCACCAACACUAAACCCUCCGUAGACCUCCACAGUACCAACACUAAACCAUCCGUAGACCUCCACAGUACCAACACUAAACCAAGUGUUGCUCAGAAGCCCACUGCCAUGACGUCAUCCGGUCGAGCGAGUGCCCUACCAGAGAACAGGAGACCUUCUCUGCCGUCCAAACCCUCCAUUCAGACCUUAAUCCCAGCUCCAGUCCAGGUUACUCCCCCAACCUUAGCCCCAUCUCCAAACCCAGCCCCAGUGGGUUCUACCCCCCAGCCUUACCCCCAGCCCCAGUGGGUUCUACCCCCCAGCCCCAGUGGGAUCUACCCCCAGUCUUACCCCCAGCCCCAGUGGGUUCUACCCCCCAGUCUUAGCCCCAGUGGGUUCUACCCCCCAGUCUUACCCCCAGCCCCAGUGGGUUCUACCCCCAGUCUUAGCCCCAGUGGGUUCUACCCCCCAGUCUUAGCCCCAGUGGGUUCUACCCCCCAGUCUUAA